CAUAGGGCGAUUGUUAACGACAUUAAUUUAUGAUAUAGUCAUGCUCCAAACGCGCCAUAUUACCGCAAGUUUGUUAAGACGCGGUGUUGGUAUUUGUGCCGUAAGAUCUCGACGGGUCGGGACGACCGACGGCGCUGGCGCUUCAGUCGACGACAGAAGUGUGCCGACGGAAUUCAAGAAUGUGUUUGCCGACAAACCGACAUCGGAAAUUGUUCGUGCGCUGUUCGUGUUCAAAAUGUGCACAUACGACGUUUUCGUGCGGAACAGCUUGCAACUGAUGACCAUUGGUGAGCGGCUGGCAGGCCGGCGGCUGUUCAUGUGGACCAUGCGGCGUACGUUUUACGGUCAGUUCGUUGGCGGGGAGACAGCCGCUGAAAUAGAGGCGUGCAAGGCCGCCCUGGAGAGUGCUGGGGUCCGGGCCAUCAUGUGCGUCCCCAUAGAGGAGGACACCGAUGCACAUAUUGACGACAUUCGGUACGACGGAGCCCUGAAGACGAUCAUGGGAAGUGUCCGCCUCGCCGGCCACGCGUGUUCAAAACUUCCGGUCGCCCAACUGAAACUCACCGCCAUCGUGCCCGGCGCCACAUGUGGCGAAUUGAGCGGCUGGUUGGCGGACCCGCAUGCGGCUCGCAGGGAGCUGGAGGCGGUGGCAAGUGCCCUUCAAGGAGGACAUGUGCACCUCCAGCUAUCCUGGCGGAACGGGGCGCACUUGCGGCACCUAGAGGCCGGUGUACACAGGUUCCGGGAGGUAUGCCAGCUUUCCGCCUCACUUGGUGUACGCCUCCUGGUGGACGCGGAAUACAUUCACUUGAACCCUGCACUAAGGUUCCUGUCACUAGCCGCCAUGAUGGCUUUCAACACAGACAAACCCAUCGUGGCCUACACCUACCAAAAUUACCUUAAGAAAACUUACAAGUAUUUAGAAGAAGAUCUUGACUUCACGCGGGAAGUCGGGGUCGGAUUCGGUGCCAAGCUUGUGCGGGGCGCGUACAUGAUCUCGGAGCGCCGACGUGCCGCCCAACACGGUUACGAAGUUCCCUUGCAUCCGGACUUUCAUUCCACGACGGCGAUGUACGAGCAGUCCGUGGAGCGACUGCUGGACCAGGUGGCGAAGGCUCCGGAGCAUGUGUACUUCAUGAUCGCCACGCACAACGCCGCCUCCGUCAGUCACGCGCAGGAACAAAUGGCUGUGCGAGGUCUAAAGGCAGACUGCUCGGCUGUGUUGUUCGGUCAACUAUACGGAAUGGCGGACCACCUCUCCUGCAAACUAGCACAGGGCGGUUACUUGGUGUACAAGUCAGUGCCCUACGGACGGUUGGUGGACACCCUGCCCUAUCUACAGCGCCGCGCCGUGGAGAACUCGUCCAUGCUCGGAGGAACCGGCCUUGAGUGCCGCGUCCUGCAGAGCGCCCUCCGAGACAGACUCUACCGGAAACGGACUGCAAUCUGAACAGACCCCAUUGACAACACUACAGACCCCUGAAAAAACCUGCCAUCCUAAACAUUCAACGCCCCCGCCCUCCCAGACAAUUAACCGGUCCUGCACCCCGGCCCCCACCCCCCAUUGUCGUUCAAGACAUAUGGGAAUUUACAUCAUCUUUCCCAUCUUCCUUUGUUUCUCGUGACGUGUAUAGCAUUUAUAUCCUUUAUUCUACUCUUUUUACAACCGAUAUUUGUUUACGUAAUCAAGUUCUUUUAAAAUGCGAGCGAAGUUUCACUUGGUUCAAGCAAAGACACAGGGCAUCGGUGACACUGAAUACAAAUAUGUCUUAAGGUAGCGCGAAAUGCAACUAUGUGAUAGUAUGCAAAAUCUUACAUUCAAACAAACGAUAAGUACUACCUGUAAUAUAAAAUUUAGGUUUAUGUAUUCAUAUAUACGCAUGCCGUCCUUUGGUACAGCUAUCACUUUAGUGUAUUAAGUAAUAAUCACAAUCAUCAAUGAACACUAAUACUAGAGUAGGAUAUAACAAGAAAAUAUGAAUGAUGAGCAUUUAUGACGGAUUAUUAUUGUUUUCGGUGUCAGUAUCUUUUGGAUGUUAUACAUUUACAUGUACCAUACCAAAAGAUACUGAAAUAUAUAUAUAUUGUAUUAUAUGUUGUAUUGUUAUGAACAUACUAGUUGUGAACAUUUAAAGGAAUAAAGUUGAAUCCAUGU